AAAGAGUGCAACUAGUGGCGAGCUGUGAGAUAAAACCCAGGUUUAUACAGUAGCCACUGACCGAACAAAGGCAGGAUCUAGAUAAUUAGUUGUGGACAAAAAUAGUCGAGGCAGCCGGGCCCUGGGCCAGGUGACGUCAGCGCGCCAGGGCCGGCGGCGGGGCAAGACGGGCCCCGCGCCAGUGUCGCGCGCGCCGUCAGCCCGGCCGCACGCUACCUAGAGCCUGCACGUACCCAGCCACCAGCCGCCUCCGCCUACUCGCCUCCACCGCCGCGUCGCCGUUGACGUCUCCACCGCAUCAAUACUCAUAAGUAUGGUCAGAAAAUACGAAAGAAUGAGCGGCCGUCAGUCCUGGAAUGAAGAAGAUAUGGCAAAGGCUGUCGCCGCCGUCGUCUCAGGUAAGAUGGGCUACAAGUUGGCAUCCAGGACCUACCAUAUACCGCGGUCUACUCUCCAGCGACGCGCCAGCAAGAUACGGUAUCAGCAACCAGACGAACCCAAGCCACUAAUGGGGCACUACAGAAGGGUGUUCACUGAUAGUCAAGAGAAAGACUUAGUUGGCUAUAUCAAAAGUAUGGAAAAGUACUUUAUGGGAGUCUCCCGAAGGGACAUCAGAGAACUGGCAUUUCAAUACGCCGAAGACAACCAUCUAAACCAUCCCUUCGAUGUAAACAGCCGAAUGGCCGGAGAAGAUUGGGUGCGAAACUUCCUGAAGCGCAAUCCAGAACUCUUGGAUAGAUCCGACCACGAGAACAUCCUAGAACCGGUUAAUUUUGACCAAUUCUAUCAUUUCAUGUGUCAACUAUCAUGAUAGCUCAUUAUACAUUUAUAGGUGAUAAUAGAUUUAAGUAAUAGAUCAGAUUUUUUUACGCGCAUUCAAGAUUCUUGCUACUCUGUACGUGUCUGUUCAAUUUGGAUUCUUUAAUACAUAAAUUACAAUUUCGAAUAGCUGUAAGUUGAUAUGUCGUAGACGCACAGUUCAUGUUUCAGUGAUAUAUUCUUUAGCACAAACUUUUUUAAAUUGAAAACGAACAACAAAAUGAUGUAAUGUAUCGGCUGAAGAGAUUUUACAAUGAUAUUUACGAAGUAGCUAGAGCCAAGCUCGAAAAUCAAGUUACCUUGGAUAUUUACCUUGACUUUUAUUUGGACCAAGUAGGUAUUUUAUUUGUACUACUUACUCAGAGUUGUCUGUCGCAAAGCAAGGGCCUGUGUGCGUCAUGUCCUUGAACUCUGUACCCUGACUACGGCCCGGUACUCACGAAAAAGAAGUACUUACGUAGUCUAUAACUGGUGACGUUAUAUGCACUUGUAUAGUGAAAAAAAAACUAUUUAUAUUAAAUUUAACAUGCUAAAUUUAAGGGCUGUGAUAAAAAAAAAGAAUGGUGUAUUUUUGGGAAUCAUAUCGCAUAGUCGCGUUGGUGUUUUGUAUUAAAUAUAGUUGAUAUUGUUAUAAUGAUAACUUUAAUAUUUCGUAUGUUUUUAGUUCGCUGAUUCGAUUAAAUUUGAUAUUAAUAUCAAAAAAAGAACACUGUAGGUUGCGAAUUAGGCAAAUACAUUUUGAAUAUUUAUAUAGGCAUAAUAGGCAAUAAUAGGCAACCAGACAUCAAUCUACACCCAUCAAAAAAGGUACAGUUAUAUCAAGACUCACUACUUUAGUGAUGUAUUAUUAAUGAUUCAAAUUUUAUCACCUCAAACUGAUUAAUAGGAUAUAGGCAAUGCUAAUGUUUCUUUUUCAACGAUGACCGCUCGAUGUCAUGUGGGUCAUCUGUAUACAAACACAGUAAAAAAAAUGCCAAUAGUCCGCUUAGUACUAAAAUCGUGAACAUUAUUCACAUGAAAAUUAAUAAACUGCACAAGUACUAAUCUCUAUUCAAGUACAUUUAAAUAACUUGCUCCAAUUUCGAGCGUGUAGAUAUUGUAACUAUUGUUUUUGUUUUAAAGACGGCAUUCUUGAAACUGAAAAAUUAACAUUAGAAUUUAAAUUUUAUUACAAGUCGAAUGGUAUAUUUUGUAACCUUUUGCCUAUAUAAAACAUUAACUUUAAUUGUACAAACAAAGUUGGUAUUUCUAAUUUUUGUUUUGAACACCUACGGGCGAAUAUUUUGAAAUUUUCAUGAGUGUAAAAACAUAAAAAAAAGUACUACGAAUAAUAAGUGUGUGUUUUAAAAAUGGUUUUAAAAUUAAAGAAUGAAUAACUUCUCAAUUUACAAUUAUGUUUAUUAAUAUUAUUUGGUUUAUUAAAAAGUAAUAAAGGUGACUGGUUAAAUUGGCUAUAAGAGGGUCUAAGGUUACCUUGGGUGUUUUUCCAAAAUUUUUAUUAUUUAUUUAUGUAUAAUUUUUAAGAGAAACGAUCCAUUUAAACUAUUUCGUUACCUGAUUUUAAUUGUUGAUCUCCUUAAUUAAGUUCGAAAUAGCAAAAGUGAUUUGUAUAUUUAUUUAGGCCAUGAGUUAUUAAUGUUGUUGGAUUUAUUAAAGAAAUUUUAAAAUGUUUAAAUACAUAAUAUUGUUUUAUGCCAAACCAUGUUAUAAUUAUUGUGAGAUUUAUUUUCUUAUUAGAUGUCUAAUAUAUUCCUAAGUACUUAGUGUAAUUGAUUAAAUAUUUCAAUAAA